AUGGUGGUCAAGUGCGAGGGUUGGAGUACCCUCAACGUACCUCUGAAGUAUGCCCCGCUUCUUGCCUCCGCUGAUGAGAAUGAAAAUAAUCAAAGCGCUGAUAAUCAAGUCAAGAAAAUAUUCAGUAAUAAUGUAGAGAAACAAUACAUUGUUUCAGAUCUGAAUGGUCAGAUUGAUAGGAAGAAGUUUGGAGAUGUUCUUACUCGCAGGUCAAAGCCUGAUCCUAUCAUAAAAGUGAGAUGCACCAAAUUGAGGAAUAAGUCACUAAAGCUUCAUUUAGUUAGAAAGAAAACAGAAUAUGAAUACACUGAAGUUGCUUAUGCUCAUGAGCCAGUCAAAUUUGGCUACAGUGAGUGGAUGCAAAUUCAAGGGAUUAUCGACAAGCACAAGGGUGUUCAUGCUCAAGAAGUGAAGUUGGCAAUAUAG